AUGUCAAAAGAAUACACGAAGAUAAAUGUCAAUAUUGGCGGUUGUAAAAAUUGUCUAUCUUCAAUUCAUCAUGUAAUUGGAAUAUAUGGUGGUAUAGAAAAAUAUACGGUCAAUUUCGAAGCUAAGGUUAUAUCAGUACAUCCAAUUCACGCAAAACGAGUGAUAAGUCUGCUUAAUGCUAUUGGAUGGAAUAUUGAGUACGUUGACAAUCAUCCAUCCGUUCCUAGUCAAUUCAAAGAAGCUGAAAUGAACGAUGAUUUGCAUUUUCUGCCCCUACUGGAAAAGGAUUUAGAGGUGGGUUCUGCGUCACUAUGCAAACGGAUAUGUCUUGACAACAAUCAUUCCAUCUCUACGCAACAGAAUCUCUGCACAAUGGCUUCCAAAUUGGUAUCAAUACUUCCGCAUGAAGUUGAAUGUUGUCGAUCACAUUUGAUACCAGGUUGGUGUGUGUUGGUUCAUUCAGGUCCUCAUCUAAGUAAAAUUAAUCAGUACUUACAGACUUUCCUACCACUACCAGAGAAACUUAAUCAUAUCAAACGAAUAGAUAGUUGUCGGUCGAAUAGAAGUGGAUCAACUUAUGUCUUUCUAAACAUAGCUGAAUCAAGAUUUACGUGGCUGGAUGCUAAUCAUUUUAUAGCCUCUAUGAUUGAGUCCUUGAAUUUGAAUUCAUCUGAAAAUGAGAUAAUCAACACUUCACCAACGCCAUGCUGGUUACCACUUCAUCCACCACUUACGCGCAACCAUCAAGUAAUUUAUUCAUUUUGCAGUAAAUCAAGGGAGAAGAAUUUCUCUUCAUUUAUGAAUUUAUCUCUUAAACCUAUUGUGAUGGGCUGGCCUUGUAUAUUACGAGCGUGUCCCGAACUUGAGGAAUUAUUAAUUGUCGGAAGAGAUCUAUUAUCUUCAUACUUCUCAAAAUUAGAACUUGAAAGACAUUCGUCGUGGCUUGAACGUGUUACCGACUUGUCGAAAAAGACAACAGAAAUAAGUGGUGUACAUCCACAGUCAUGCGCAGGCCUUGGAGGUCCAGUCUGUGCAGCUAUUAUUGUCGAUCCAGAAACUGACAUUGCAUUGGCCGAAUCUACGACAGCGACAGCUGAUACCUCCUAUUUGGACCAUGCAGUAUUACUUGCUGUAUCAUCUGUUGCCACAUUGAAGAGAAAGGCAGAAAAUCAGUAUUCUGAAAUUUACUUAUGUACAGGUCUAGAUGUGUACGUUUCACUUGAGCCUUGUUUGAUGUGUGGUAUGGCGUUGCUUCACAAUCGCAUUCGACAAGUGUUUUGUUGUCAAAGGCUCAAAGGUAGUGGUGCAUUCACGAAUGCAAGUCGUCUUCAUGUUCAAGAACAGCUGAACCAUCAUUUUCGAGUAUUUGCUCCACUGUAG